UUUGAUCUUUUCUGGGAAGAUUCAUGGAGGACAUCAGAAAACCCUACCCAUGGUUAUUUCUCACCUCAAUAUCUAGAACGAGGCUCUUAUUUCUAUUCAUAGUCCUUGUUUUCUUAAUGGCCUUAAUCUAUGUAUCAGAAGUCAGACAAAUAGUUAAAAAUCCAUCUGGUUUUAACAGCAUAUUGCAGUAUAAUUCUAAUGGAAAUAGUCUCAAUUCAUCCUCUCGGCCAUUUCUUCUAAGAACAGAUGAUAAUACUUAUGUGGGUUCUCAAGGCAGCCAGAUCUUCAUCAACUGUAACUGCACACGUCAAAUUAGGAACUGCACAAAGGAUUUUAAGGAGAAUGCAACUGCAGCCAUUGGAAUAGAUAAGAGAAAUGACUCAAAGCUUGACUAUGAGUUCAGUAUUUUGUUUGGAAUCCUAACAAGGGCAGAUCUAUAUGAGAGAAGACAUUUUCUUCGUAUGGUUUAUGGAAUCCAAUCCACAGCCCAUGCAAAAGUGGACGUGAGAUUUGUGUUCUGCAAUCUGACCAAGGAUGAUCAGAGAAUCCUUGUGUCUCUGGAGAUCAUGACCUACAAUGAUAUCAUUAUAUUGAACUGUGAAGAAAACAUGGACGAAGGUAAGACGUAUACUUAUUUCUCUAGUCUUGCAAAUAUGGGAUUGCGUUAUGAUUAUGUUAUGAAGGUAGAUGAUGAUGUUUAUUUUAGGAUUGAUCAGUUGGGUGAAUCAUUAAAACCUUUGCCAAGGAAUGACACUUACUAUGGCUUUGUUGUAACUUGCUACGAAAAUGAUCCUUUUGGAAAGCAUAUGUCUGGUAUGGGAUAUGCCCUUUCAUGGGAUCUGGUGAAGUGGAUUGAGGGGUCUCCUGUGGCUAAGAAUAAUACAGUGGGGCCAGAGGAUAUGAUGGUGGGACGUUGGUUGAAUGAAGGGAAGAAGGCUAAGAAUAGGUUUAGCAACAAGCCUGCCAUGUAUGACUUUCCUCUCACUAAUGGCGGGUGUUCUCAUGAAUUGAUUCCUGAUACCGUUGCUGUACACAGGCUCAAGAACAGGGAGACGUGGUUUACUGUUCUCAACUACUUCAAUGUUACAUCUGCCCUCAAGAAAUCCAAGUUAUAUCAUCUAUAAUAGGUUGAGAAGGAUCUCUAUUUGGGGCUCAAAUCUUUCAUUUAUCCAAAUUUUACUUUGAGUCAAUGGUCGCUUUGUUCAUUUGGAGAGAUUAUACAGUUCGAAUCUAAUUGCUAUUAUUAUUGU